AUGCACCGCGCAGCAAGUGACUCUGGGGAGUCACGAGGUCACUCCCGAGAUCCUGGCAGCAGCGAUAGCGACGAGGAAGACACGAACGUUGACACCAUGGAUCUGCAAGAAGCCGGAGAUGAGCGAAGCGGCAGCCGGAGCCGCAGCCGAACCCGAAACGGCUGGGCAACAGAUAGCCAAGGCGAGGCGUCUACCAUCGCGGUCAAGCUGCACGACAAAACCCGCAUUGGGGACAGCUAUCAGGCUGUCACAAUUCCCGGGCUACGCGCUCGCACGGCGGAAGCAAAACAGGAGGACUUGAAAAUUGCACCCGAGAAGGACCACCUGCUGUGGGACUCGUCUCGUGCUCCUGAUGAGCGCCGCCUGCAACAGCUCGUUAAGCGGCUUCGCAUCGGUUCAGGAAGAGACGACGGUGGGCGGCCAACCAGCCUCCUCACACAUGCGGACGUCGUGGCAGCUCUACACCGCUGCAAAUACGAUCCUGCUUCAGCAGAAGCCUCGUUGGUUGGCCUUCAACGACGCAGAGAGACCAAACACAAAAGCGCAUCUGCCAGCGGCGAUGCGCGCAAGUUGCAACAUAGCAGGGGCGACGUUUCGGCGGAAGCAGCGACGUCACCUGAGGACAGUGCGACGGCGCAGAAGAGCAGCAACCAAAUCAGCUCAAUUGCUCCUGGCGGUGAACCGUGUACGGGGAAAAGCGAUGUUGGGGGCAACCGGUGGGAAGACUGGAGCGAAGCUGACCGAGCGACAUUCCUAGUACAUCUUGGGGACAAGCACAAGGACAUGAAUGAUGUGGCGGAGGAGUUUGCGACGAAGAGCCACGGUGAUGUCAUCGAGUUCUACUACAACUGGAAAUUUCAUGAACCAGACUACUCUCGCUGGCAACUCAUGAAACGGCAGAUUGACAUAGCCUUGGCGAGGGCGAAACUCUUCGUGAAGCAGAGGAUAGUGUCGAUCGAAGAGGAACGACGGUGCAUGGCUCAAGAGGAAGAGCGCCGGCAUGAGCGCCAAGCCUUGUAUGGGUACUUGGGCCAAGCGAGUGCUGGUAUCGAGCACGGUCAUAAGCGAGGAGGAGGGGCGAGCGCCUCCAAUGCCGAAAACAGACGACAAAGGAUCAUGGGGCACGAGGAGGCAGAGGCGCAAGCAGAACGGGAGCUGAGCAACCGCCCGUGGGCGAAAGAAGACCUGGCACAGCUCCAGAGGGCGGUGGACGAAUUCGGCGAACGCGGCUGGCGCGCGAUGAUGGCUAAUGAAAAGCACAAGAGUCUCUUCCAUAUGAGAAGUCCGUUUAUCGUCAAAAGCAUGCAUCGCAUGCUCAAGGACAACGAGCUCAAACGAGCGAAGGCCAGGGCUAGAAUGGCAGCAAGGGCCGACACCAAGGCUAAGGCUCGAGGAGACGCCAUAGCUGGUGCCGAUGGCGAUCCGGCCAAGGAUUUCUGCAGGGAAGCUGUGUCGUUCGCCGAAGCUGAUGCGGCAGCAGCAGCGGUGGCGAUGGCGCGUACUGAAGCGCACGAAAGCGUAGACAACCCGGGAGAGGAAGCGGGAGGUGCAGGAACGUUCGACGACAAGAGCCGGGCGAGAGAGAGGAGAGCCUUGCUCCAGAAACUGAUCAUGGAACAUGGUGUAGGAGGGGUGAAGACGAAGCUGGAUAUGCCUGUGUACAGUGCUCUGAAGGAAGAGGGAAGCCAGAGCGUUCUCAUCAACCAUUGGCGGUCGAUGCAACACCGACUGCGGCGAAGGUUAGAGCGCCUCGGCAUGGUCCCGAAAAGGAAGCCAGGUAGACCCCCGAAAAAUCCCCCGACGAAACAAUAUCCAGGUUUUGAGGCGGCUUACCCGGGAAGCACCAAUGUUGGAGCGCCUACGACACAGGCCACAGGGAACAACGAACGCGGAGACCUGCCAAGGGAAGAGGACCACGGUGGCGAACGCAGCCGAAAGAGGGCUCGCACGGAGGAAAAAGCGGAAAACGAACAAUUGCCGGCAGCGAGCAUGCGUAUGCAGCUGUAGACUGACUGACGCGCAGGGUGGCCACCCCGAUCUGUGUUGGUGGAUUCGUGGCCUACUGUAGGAGGUUUGCUAAAUUUUAACCAUUGUGCAUAUGCGUAUGUGCGUUGUAUUGUGCUGUUUGUGUAUCGCUGGCGUGUUUUUUACUUAACGUCGGAAUGAGAACACGUACGAUCUGACGUCUGGGGAGAUGGUUAGAAUGAGUAAGACGAUAAUGGUCGUGGUGCUACUUGUGCCCAAGGCCCACGCCCGUGAUUUCUUCUUAUAUCCAAUAGAGUGUUAUGUUGAACGUGGAGGGUACAUGUAUUCGAAUUCCGGCGUGAGCUUUUUAUUGCAAAACGAGUUGAUUCUCUCGCUUCCGUGUUUGGUAAUGGAAAGCGAUACAUGCAAGUUCGUGUACACACUUUGAGGGAAGAGAGUGUUGUUCUCGCGUUAAGAAUCGAACGC